AUGUUGGCUAUCAUUCUGGAGAUCCAGGCAAUGGUUAUCGCAUGCGAUCGGUGUGGUGCCAUCAAUGCACCCGACGAGGGCGCAUUGAUGGCACAAGAACUCACUGCUCGUCAAGCCUCGUUCGAAUCGAGGACUGAGCACUUACCACAUUAUGUCUUUUUGAGAAAAUCGUGUGCGAUUGUUACCGUGCUCUUUAGAGAAUUAGGUAAUCAGAAAAGAAGGUCAAUAAGAAUUGAUAUUAUUACCAACUUUGCGUUGCUCGGUAGCGUAGUGGUGGUCGCAUGCGUAGCUUUGCUUGCGUGGUGCUCUGGUGCCAGGGAACAGGCGGGUGGAAAACUCGAGUAUACUGCCCCCUACUUCUUGAACGAUAACCAGUACCGCAGCGGUCCGUUAAUUUGA